AUGGAUGAGGGAGGGUUGGGGAAGAGCGGGUCAGUAGCGGGAACUGCGUGGGAGGAAGCGGCUCAGCCCCAGCAAGCGUCAGGUAGAAAAGUGUCCGCUUUCGACAUUGGAACAUCACCUUCCUCGUCUUCCCCGAACACCUCCCGCUGUGCUCCCCCUGGGGUAACCCACCUGAACUCGAGUUCAACUCCCUCCGAAGCCAGCGUGCUGGCGGGCUCCACGCGGAUCCAGGGACUCCGGAACACAACUCCUGUUCGGAUGGAGGUCCACAAACUCCUGGAUGCUCACGCGCGGUCUCAACUGUCUCGGCAGGCGGCGGCUGGCGAGCGGGGAGCCCGCUGGAAGGGAGGCUACAGAUGUCAGCGGAGUCCAGCCAGGGAGUGGAGGCGCCGUGCCGCUUCGCCUCGCGCAGCCCCGGGAACGUGCUCUUCCGCGAAGGCGGUGUUUUGCGCGUCCCCUCCCGCGAAGGGGACGGAGGCCGGCGAAGCCGAGUCUGCGCCGGGCCGGGCUGUGGGCGAGGGCGCCGGGGAGGGCGAGCCGCAGGCGAAGCAGCGCCGCGCUAGCUCCGGGCUGGCCGCUCCGCGCUCGCUGGCGCCUGCCUUCCGCCGAGACGCUGCCGGUGCCGACCACGUGCGGGAGCCCGAGCCCGAGCCCGGGAGGGGAGGGCGGGCCGCCGACAGGGGGUGGGCAAUUCCGCCCAGCUUCCAGAUCCUAUAUAAACAAACCCUGGCGCGGGCAAGAAGAGGAGGGCGAAGACGCCGCGGGACGCGGACUUGCGGCUCCCAGCCUCCGCGGAGCCGCUCUUGCUCGCCCUGGGCUGCUCGGGCCGACCUCACACCGGCAGAGAUACCAGCUCCCCCACUCAUCUCACCCCAGAGGUGCCAGGCCAGAGACUCCGGAGGAGAAGUCGCCGGCGCUCGCGGGUUUACCCCGAUUCGUCCAUGGUGCGGGCGGGAGCGCGGCGAGCCGGGACGCGGCGGCAGCGGCAGGAGGCAGAGGCGAACCCUGGAGGGGCCGGUCCCGCCGAGAGGGGCUUCCUGGGCACGUGUCCCGCCGCUCAGGCCAGAUGCACCAACGCCCCUGAGCGCGCACGACGAACCUGGGCAGCCUCUGCAAGACACCUGCGUGCCUAGCAACGUGCACCGGCCACUCUUGGGGUCCAGAGCUCGUAACUCCUGAAGGAAUGGGGGCUUAGCUGAGGCGACAUGCAUGCAUGUAGUGCCCCCUGUUAUCAGCCUUGUCUCGAACCAAAAAGAAACGCCAUGGCCAGCUCUUUGUUACCAGCUAGAUGUGAUGCCCACAUACUUGGGAUGGAUGAGACUGUGGGCCCUAGAACGGCUUUUUGGUAUUUUCUCUCUUCUUUCCUUCCUCUCUUCUUCAUCUCUCUCGCGCGCUCCCUCUCUGUUCUCCACCCCCUCCCUCUGCCUCCCACUUCCACUCUCUCUAUCCUUUUCUCACUUGAGAAAGACACUGAUGUGAGGGUGAAGAGUUAUGCCUUCAACUCCUCACAUAAUUUUAAAAUGUAUUUGAACAAUAUAUGUUGGCAGUAUGACUGCAUGAAUAAAGCUUUGUGCUGCAA